CUCCGCCAACCCGCGCUGCUUAAAUACGGCCCCUCCUCAUUGUUGCCGCCUCAUUCACCCCCUCACCGCCACCUCCCGCACCCUUUCCUGGCCACCCACACCCACCGCCAUGGCGUCUGCAUCUGCAAGCGUCGACAUCAUCAAUGUCCGCGCGGACAAGCGCCUCUCCGAUGGCGGGGAGUCUAUCCGCGCUCAGAUCGUCGAGGGACUAUCCCAGCCUACGGGCAAGAAGUCCCUACCGACCAUGCUGCUGUACGACGAGCGCGGCCUGAGGUUGUACGACGACAUCACCACGAAAGUCCCCGAGUAUUACCUCUUCUCCGCCGAGGAGCAGAUCCUCAAGAACCACGCUGACGGAAUCGCUCGCGUCAUGCAUGCCGCCGACGGUGAAGUCAAGUCUGAUGAAGUCGUCGUUGAACUCGGUGCCGGGGCGCUGCGCAAGACCUCGCACAUCUUAUCAGCCCUCUCAGACCUGGUUUCGCCCACCAUGGAGUCGCCGAUCACUUACUACGCCCUCGAUCUCCAGGAGCGUGAGCUCGCGCGCACGCUGAAAGAGCUAAACGCGUCCGACGUGGGGGCGCAGAUCCGCGGCAAGGUCUCCACCCGCGGCUUGUGCGCUACGUACGACGACGGUCUCAAGUUCAUCCGCGAGGGCGGUCUCGAGGGCCGCACUGGGAUGGACCGCGUGUCUGCUCGACUCCCUGAGCAUUACAAGCUGGACAAGUCGGGCAGGGACGUGUCGCCCAGCUCGAACUCUGAGACGUCCUCUGGAGGGGCCAGCGACGGGACCGACGAAACUCCACCAUCGACGCCGGGCGACCAUUCGCCGCUCCACAUCCUAUUCUUGGGAUCGUCUCUGGGCAACUUCCCCCGAGGCGAUGACGCUACGUUCUUGCAAUCCCUGCCGCUUCGCCCCGGCUCCGGAGACACGAUACUUCUUGGUUUGGACCAUGACAACGACCCGAAUGAUAUCGAGACUGCGUACAAUGACCCUCAGGGUGUUACUGAGGCUUUCAUUAUGAAUGGAUUGAAAGGCGCUGGGCAAGCACUCGGCGAUGAAGGCUUGUUCGUUGAGAACAAGUGGGCCUAUGUUGGCCAAUAUAACAAAGAACAGCGUCGGCAUGAGGCUUUCUACAAGUCUGUCGAGGAUCAGACUAUCAUAGAUCCUGUUAGUAAGGCGGUCUACUCAUUCAAGGCAGAUGAACUCGUCAAGGUCGAGGUAUCACACAAGUACUCCGACCGCGAUGCCUAUCGCCUCUUCAUCGAAGCGAACCUGCGGCCCAUCCACCGCUGGACCGACAGCUCGUCGCGUUACUCUCUGUGGCUGCUCGAGCGACCCCCAUUCCUCUUCCCCGUCAUCUCGUCACCCGAGUCGAAGCGCUCGCCGUUCAGCGUGCCGUCGUUGGAAGAGUGGCAGACGAUGUGGGCCGCGUGGGACUUCAUCACGCAGCGGAUGAUCCCGCCGUCGAUGCUGUUCCAAAAGCCGAUUGACCUCCGGCACAUUUGCCUGUUCUACAUGGGGCAUAUUCCGACGUUCUUGUCGAUCCAUCUGUGCAGGCUCCUUGGUGAGCCUGAUACCGAGCCGGCGCACUUCAAGUACAUAUUCGAACGAGGAAUUGAUCCCAACGUGGACGACCCUACUCAGUGCCACUCUCAUUCUGAGGUACCGACAUGCGACGAGGACUGGCCCUCCGUCGCCGAUAUCCUCGAGUUCCAGAGCAAGGUGCGCAAGCGUAUCAUGAAGUUGUAUGACGACGUCGAGUCCGGAUCGGUCAUCCUCACGAGGAAGAUGGCCCGCGUACUGUUCAUGACCCUCGAGCACGAGGCGUUCCAUGCUGAGACGCUUCUUUACAUGCUCCUCCAACGUGCUGGCACCGGUACUAUUCCCCCGAGCGGUUUCACUCCCCCCGUUUGGUCCAUCCUUGCUGAGUCAUGGGACCGCGCUCCCCAGCCGAAGAAUCGCACUGUGACGCUCGGACCGGCCACGGUCACAUUCGGACACGAUGAUGACGAGGCGGACGACGCAUCGACUGACGUCGCGAUGCACGAGUUCGGCUGGGACAACGAGCAUCCGAAGAGGCAGGUCGACGUUGGCCAGUUCAAGAUCGAGUGGCACCCCGUCACGAACGGCGAGUUCUAUGAGUAUUACCUCGACAAGGGCAAGGAUGCUGUGAAGCUGCCUGCAUGUUGGGUCGAGAUAAACGGCGAAGUUAACGUCCGCACGCUGUAUGGCCCGGUACCCAUCAAGAUCGCCUGGCACUGGCCCAUUAUCACCUCCUUCGACAACUUGUCUACAUACGCGAGUGUGAAGGGCGGACGCAUCCCUACCGAGCCAGAGCUCCGCCUGUUCCUCGACAUGUUCGAGUGCGGCUAUGAGGGCGGAGGAAACGUCGGAUUUAGGAACUGGCACCCCAUCCCAGCCACGACGGGAGGGGAGCGGGAUGGAGGGAAGGGGCACAACGGAGGUGUGUUCGAGUGGACGUCCACUGUUCUCGAAAGGCAUGAGGGCUUUGUCCCGUCGCGUCUCUACCCUGGCUAUUCAGUCGACUUCUUUGACGGACAGCACCAGGUUGUGAUCGGCGGCUCUUAUGCGACGAUUCCGCGCCUUGCUGAGCGCCGCACUCUGCGGAAUUUCUACCAGCACAACUACCCAUACGCCUGGGUUGGCGCGCGCAUUGCAUACGAUGUUUGAAACACGAAUGUAUAAUGUCCUUUGUAUUACUACUGAAAGCUGCAGGAUGAAAACUGAAUGUACAACUGUUAUAAGUCAU